AUGGAUUUAUACUACGAUCUUGUGAUAAUCGGAGCUGGUAUUUCCGGCAUCAACUUUGCUCGUCGCCUACAAGAGUCAAACCCUGCACUCUCCUUCGUUAUCUUGGAGGCGCGCGAUUCCAUAGGCGGAACCUGGGAUUUUUUCAAGUAUCCCGGUAUAAGAUCCGACUCAGACCUAUACACCUUUGGCUUUCCAUGGUACCCAUGGACAGAAGACCGUGCGAUCGCUGAUGCCGGGAGCAUCAAACAAUACUUGACGCAAGCAAUCAAAUACGCCAAUCUCGAGUCCCAUAUUAGAUUGCGGCAUAAGGUGAUGAAGGCGGAUUUCAGUGAGGAGAGUGUAAAAUGGACAUUAAUAACCAAGGGGGAUGGUCGGACAAAGUCAAUUAGUUGUCGAUUCACCAUAUUCGGUACUGGGUACUAUGACUACGAACGACCUUUAAGUACGACGAUUCCGGAGCUUGGCCAAUUCAAGGGUGAAGUGGUGCACCCUCAGUCCUGGCCUGAAGAUCUGGACUACCAGGACAAACGAAUUGUGAUUAUUGGGUCAGGUGCAACAGCAGUAACAUUACUUCCCAGCCUUGCUAAACAGGCACAGCACGUCACUAUGCUGCAGCGAAGUCCAGGAUAUAUCGUAUCUAUGAAUAACAGAACCCCACCGUUGUUAAAGUGGCUUCUUCCUCAAACACUACUCUACGGACUUUUACGGUUCUGGUUCCUGACCUCACUUUUUGUUCAAUUCCAAUUCUGCCGCAACUUCCCUGAAAUUGCCAAACGCAAGCUGAAAGAGAACAUGCAGCUUCAGCUACCUCCAGACAUUGAUAUCGACCCCCAUUUCACUCCAAGGUACAAUCCCUGGGAACAGCGUCUCUGUCUCUCCCCCGAUGGAGAUUUCUUUGCCUGUCUUCGAGCAGGUACGGCCUCUGUGGUGACUGGCCAAAUCCAGGGGUUCAGCAACAAAAGUAUCAUCCUGCAAAAUGGUGAGAGAAUCGAUGAUGUUGACAUUAUUAUCACUGCGACUGGGCUUAGAUUGGUCUUUGCUGGCAAAAUUCAGAUUUCAGUGAAUGGCCGAAUUCUUGAUACCCCGAAAAAGCUUCUUUGGAGAGGCUGUAUGUUGGAGAAUGUACCAAACGCCUGUUUUAUCAUGGGAUAUACGAAUGCAUCGUGGACACUUGGAGCUGAUUCAUCUGCUGUUCUCUUCUGUCGUCUGCUAACCGGUAUGGAACAAUCACAGCAGACUGCUAUGACACCGCGUUUUCAAGGUGGUGAAGAAGAGAGGUCUUUGAUGAAGACAAGCUCUUUCUUAAACCUAAACAGCACCUACGUGGAGAAGGCCAUAGGUAUUUUGCCAAAGGUGGGUGAUAGAGGCCCGUGGAAAGCGCGACGCAAUUAUUACCUUGACUUUUGCAUUGCACGGUGGGGCAAUCUGUCUGAUGGUCUCUUAUUUGAUGGGGAGAACCACUCUCAGAAGAAGGUUCUAUAA